AUGGGAAACCACAAGCUCAAAUGUCAACACAGGCAAAAGCACAAGAUUCACGUCCACAGUACCAUCACAGAGCUGAAGGACCCUGCACACAACUGCAGCGACCAGGUGCCAAUUUUGACCUGUGAGACUAACGAAGCAGAUCAAAUUCGUGAUGAUUUUCAGAACAGGGUUUUCCACUCAGCAAAGCUUGGGCACAACGUAACUCUGAAUGGAAAACUGCACCUCGGGAUAUCCGAAACAAAACAUGAGGACACCGCAACAUAUUACUGUGGCUAUGUGUUCUUGACCUACAUGAAGUUUGGAGCUGGAAUAUUCUUAAUGCUUACAGGCACAGAUUCCAGCAGCAGGACUGUGGUGCAGCAGGUGGUGUCAGACCCAGUGCAUCCAGGAGACUCUGUGACUCUGCAGUGUACAGUAGACAGUGAGACCUGUGCAGGAGAACACAGUGUUUACUGGUUCAGACACGGCUCGGGAGAAUCCCUUCCGGGACUCAUUUACACCCAUGGAAACAGGAGUGAUGAGUGUGAGAAGAGCCCUGAGGCUGGGUCUCCUACACACGGCUGUGUCUACAGCCUCCCCAAGAGGAACCUCAGCCGCUCCGAUGCUGGGAUUUACUACUGUGCUGUGGCCACGUGUGGGGACAUACUGUUUGGAAAUGGGACAAAACUGGACAUAGACACAGGAUAUAAGUCUACAUGGGAAUUUAAUUACAUUGUGCUUCCUUUGGCUUUGCUGAACAUCAUAUUUGCAAUUGUAAUCUUUCUCCUUGUAUUGAAAAUACUCAAGUGUCACAGUGCCAGGGGCAAAGAAGAAACAGGGCAUACAGCAAAGAAUGAAAGUGCCCAGUAUUCCAACAUUUCUGAUAUCAUGCGGGAGCCGAAUCAAGAAGCUGAUCUUUUACAAUAUGCAGCCGUAAAUAUAUCACAGAAGAACAAGCCCAAGUCAAAGUGCAGGGAAAAUGUUGUCUAUUCGGAAGUCAGUUACCUUCCACAGGACUGGUCACAGUAA